AUGGAAACCACUUUCACUGGGAAUCAAUCUAUCAUCACAGAGUUUGUCCUCCUUGGUUUCUCUGAGCUCUCUGAGCAGCACUUCUUGUUCUUCAUUUUCUCAACCAUUGUCUAUUUAAGCACCAUCCUGGGGAACAUGCUGAUUAUAGUGGCUGUGGUCAGCUCCCCAGGGCUCCACACACCCAUGUAUUUCUUCUUGGCCAAUCUCUCUUUCUUAGAGAUACUGUACACUUCCACAGUAGUGCCCAAGAUGCUAGCAGGUUUCUUGAGAAAGGAAGCCAUUUCCCUGGCUGGUUGCUUGCUUCAGUUCUUUGUUUUUGGCUCACUAGCCACAACUGAAUGCUUUCUUCUGGCUAUCAUGGCCUAUGACCGAUACCUGGCUAUUUGUUACCCACUCCAUUAUUCAUUCCUGAUGGGAUCCAAGCAUUGUGUGGGUCUGGUGGUCACAGCAUGGCUAUCUGGUUUUGCAGUAGAUGGCCUAAUUGUGAUUUUGAUGUCACAGCUGAAGUUCUGUGGCUCCAACCACAUCAACCACUUUUAUUGUGAUUUCAUGCCUGUGGUAAGACUGGCCUGCUCUGAUUCCCAGGUGGUGCAAGCGACAACAUUCAUCCUUUCUGUAAUCUGCCUUACUAUUCCAUUUGGUUUGAUUCUGACUUCUUAUGCCCGCAUACUUGUGGCUGUGCUGAAAGUACCCACAGGGGCCAGGAGAAGUAAGGCUUUCUCUACAUGUUCUUCCCACUUGACUGUGGUGUCCACUUUCUAUGGGACACUUAUGGUCAUGUAUAUAGCACCCUCUGCUGUUCACUCCAAGCUUCUCUCUAAGGUCUUUGCUUUGCUCUACACUGUGGUCACCCCCAUCUUUAAUCCUGUGAUCUACACCCUAAAGAACAAAGAGGUCCAUCAAGUUCUCAAGAAGCUGCUUUACAAUAAACAAUAUGGUAAUUCAUCCUGA